AUGGCGUCCCGCUUGGUGCGAAGCGCUGUCGGCGCUCCCCUCCUCCGAACCUCCCUCUCCCGCGCCGCCGUCCCGGCCAUCUCCGCCGCCGCCGUGCGAUACUCGAGCAACGUGCCCGCCGAGGACCCCAAGAAGAAGGCCCAGAGCAUCAUCGAUGCCCUGCCCGGCAGCAGCCUCGUCAGCAAGACGGCCUUCCUGAGCGCCACCGCUGGCCUCAGCGUCUACGCCCUCAGCAACGAGUACUACGUCAUGAACGAGGAGACGGUCGUCGCCGUCUGCCUGCUGGCCGUCUGGACGGGUCUGCUCAAGUACGGUGGCCCUGCCUACAAGGAGUGGGCCGAGUCCCAGAACGAGAAGAUCAAGAACAUCCUCAACAGCGCCCGCGCCGACCACACCGAGGCCGUCAAGACCCGCAUUGAGGACGUCAAGCAGAUGAGCGGCGUCGUCGACAUCACCAAGGCCCUCUUUGAGGUUUCCAAGGAGACUGCCCAGCUCGAGGCCAAGGCUUUCGAGCUCGAGCAGCAGACCGCCCUUGCCGCCGAGGCCAAGGCCGUCCUCGACUCCUGGGUCCGCUACGAGGGCCAGGUCAAGCAGCGUCAGCAGAAGGAGCUGGCCGCCGCCGUCAUCGCCAAGGUCCAGAAGGAGCUCGAGAACCCCAAGGUCCUGCAGCAGAUUCUGCAGCAGAGCGUGGCCGAUGUCGAGAAGAUUGUCUCCUCCGCCAAGGCCUAAAUAGAUGACGCGAGAAACAAAACAUAAAAACAAUGCUACUAGAGUCUAGAUUCAAGGUCGCCGCAAACUUUCUUUCCUCUUAUGUCUCUCGAAGCAGAAACCCUUCCCCUGUGCAUAUAAUAGCACCUGUGCAUUAGCCCAAUCAAAUCAAAGACGCUAGUCGAUAUCUUCGUUAUCCUGAAGGAUGCUUUGACUGAGGUGAUGAGUGCAUAAUGUCUCAGCUGCCAAGGCAAUGGGUGGAGAAUUGCGGUUGUAGUAUAACUUGUAUGUUCUAGAUGAUGCAGAAAAUGAAACAAGAUAUACCUAC